AUGGCCAUCCUCGCGUCCUCCACUCACCACCUGUUCUCCCUCUAUCUCUCCCUCAAACAGGCAGGCAACAGCGGACUCCAGGCAGGUGUGGCAAGGGCCGAGCGCCGAGUGGCCCUUAUGGUAGUAGUCAUGGGACUGACCUUCCUGCUGGCCUGGACGCCCUACUCGGUCAUGGCCCUGAUUGUGGCCUUCGGUGACCCUUCCCUGGUGACCCCCGGUGCCGCGGUAGUGCCAGCUAUCUUCGCCAAAUCGUCGUGCAUGUAUAACCCCAUUAUUUACGUGGGACUCAACACUCAGUUCCGAUCAGCGUGGUCUCGGCUCUUGUGUUGUCGCGAGGAGGAGCACACGUUGGCUCACGGUGGACAAACGACAGAGAAGGUCAGUUUGACGGUCUUCACUGAACAGAGUCCACAACCGGAUUCGUUCAAGCACAUCUGGAAUUUCUUCAUCACAAAGAUGAAGCAACCGUCAAUUAGACAGCUAAACUAUUGCAGUCUUCGGAGAAUGUGGCGAGGAAAGCCCACGUCCCAAGCUUCUUCCGACGUGAAAACGAUGUCCACGGAAGCUGUGCCUCUCAAAGUGCUUCAGCUGAACCCUAACAAAGUCCAGUAUGACAUCAAGGUGUCCUCUGCUGCAGGAGGGGAGGUCCACGGGGAAAUUGUGUAG